AUGACUGCUUUUCUUUCUCGGCUACUUUUGCCAGGUUCACAGGCUCUUGUUAGUUUGGUACUGGAAAGGGAACUUCCUUCUGAAUCAUUCUCUCUAGUGGCUGAGGAGGACUCGGGAGAUCUUCGUGGAAACAGUGGCCAGGAGACACUACAGCGCAUCAGAACACUUGUUAAUGAUACUCUUGCAAACAAUGAAUAUUCUAGUGUUUCUAAUUUAACCACUGAUGAUGUUCUUAGGGCUAUUGACAAUGGGAAAUCUGAAGGUGGUUCAAGGGGCCAGCACUGGGUUUUAGAUCCCAUAGAUGGUACCAAAGGGUUUCUUAGAGGAGAUCAAUAUGCCAUAGCAUUGGCAUUGCUGGAUGAAGGAAAAGUUGUGUUGGGUGUCCUGGCCUGUCCAAAUCUUCCUCUGACAUCCAUUAGUGGUGAAAAUCAGCAGUCUUCACAAGAUAAAGUUGGCUGCCUUUUCUUUGCUACAGUUGGUACAGGAACAUAUAUGCAGCCACUGGAUGGUUCUUCCCUGCUAAAGGUACACGUCAGCGCUACUGAGAAUCCUGAAGAAGCUUCAGUUUUUGAAUCUUUUGAAGCAGCACACUCCUUGCAUGACUUGUCUAGCACCAUUGCUAAGAAACUUGGCGUCAAAGCCCCGCCAGUUAGAAUUGACAGCCAGGCAAAGUAUGGGGCACUUUCCAGAGGAGAUGGAGCGAUAUAUCUUCGUUUCCCUCAUAAAGGAUAUCGUGAGAAAAUAUGGGAUCAUGCUGCUGGGUGCAUUGUCGUGACUGAAGCUGGGGGUGUGGUGGCAGAUGCUGCUGGGAACCCAUUGGAUUUUUCAAAAGGGAAAUAUCUUGAUCUUGAAACAGGCAUAAUUGUUACCAAUCAGAAAUUGAUGCCAUUACUCUUGAAGGCAGCUAAAGAAUCUCUGGAAGAGAGAGCUUCAUCCUUGUGA